CCCAUUUGACUUGUUUGUGGUGUCUUAUCAAAGUGAUAGAGAGUACCCACCUUUACCAUUCGAUAGUGUUUUGUUCUGCAGUACUUUCUUGGAUUUCUUCGCGCAUUUAGCAUAACAAGUAGGUCGUGGAUGACCAUGCCAGCGACGCCUGUCGUACUAUCAUCCCCGUUGUAGCUACCAGUGGCUAUUUUCACGCGAAAAUUUUUAGGAAAAACUUUUUUUUUCGUCAAAUUUUGAAAAAAAAGAUCGUGAAAUCUUUUAUAAUUUUUCUUAUUUAUUUUUGUGAACUUUGCAAUAAAUACAUUUAUACAAUAUUCAGUUAAUGUUAGUUCGUGGUGAUACAUAGUGAUCCCAGUGAUAAAUUUUUGGAUUCUUUGUUUUGGAUUUUUUAAAAUUAUGUUCCAAAAAUAUCUUUGAGGUCAUACCCUUAGCGGGUAACGAACGAUGGGACUUUAUAAACAGUACUUUAGACUAACGCGAUAUGCCAAAAACCAGUUCAUUGGAAUCAGCAACUCGCAGAAAAAAAGUGGUCAAGAUGACGUUCCACUUCAAAUGCUCGUAUCACAACACUUUAGUCACAGUCGGCUGGCUGUUAUAUUAGUAGGAUUAUUUACAUUAGCGAUAGGUAUAAUUUUAUCUUCAAUUCCAUGGUUAGACUAUAUAAUUUUAAAGAAUUUACGAUUAUCAGACGGAUCCUUAAGUUAUCAGUAUUGGCAGAAACCUGGCGUGAUUCGACUAACCAAAGUGUAUAUAUUUAACGUUACUAAUCCUGACACAUUCCUCACCCAAGGGGAAAAACCAAGGCUGCAAGAAGUCGGGCCUUUUGUAUAUCGAGAGGAGAUGGAGAAAGUCAAUAUCCAGUUCCACGAUAAUGGCACGGUAUCAUUUCAACACAAGAAAAUUUUACAAUUCGUUCCUGAGUUGUCUGUAAAUAAGAAUCAAAAAAUUACAGUACCAAACAUUCCACUAUUAACUUUAUCGACAAUGUCCAACAACCUAGGCUACUUUGUCCAGAAAGGCAUAUCAGUGAUGUUAAGCAUUGGUAGUUACAAACCUUUUAUCAGUAUUACGGCAGAUGAACUAGUGUUUGGAUACGACGACAAGUUGGUUUCUCUGGCUCAUCAGUUUUAUCCGAAGUACAAACGACCGGCGGAGAAAAUGGGAUUGUUAAUUAACCGUAACGGUACUCUGCCAGAAGUUCACAAUAUUUAUACGGGUUCAACAGGAAUGCACGAAUUUGGAAUCAUCGAUAAACUCAAUGGAAAAGAUAGUCUAACGUACUGGGAAGACGCUCCUUGUAACGAUUUGCGAUCCAGUGAGGGAUCUUUCUUCCCACCGAGACAUUAUACCAACGAAGAUCUUGUUUACCUUUACGACAAAGACAUCUGCCGAACUCUUCCUUUGAAGUACAGAAAAGCUGUGUCCAAGCAUGGUAUUGCGGCCGGCUUAUAUACUCCACCAGAAAAUAUAUUUGAAUCUGUAGAAAAGAACUCCGACAAUAAAUGUUAUUGCCCAGGAAACGAAUUUUGUCCUCCUAAGGGUUUGCAGAAUAUCAGUCCUUGUCAAUUCGAUUCGCCAGUAUACAUUUCUUUUCCUCAUUUUUUGGAUGCGGAUUCUAGCUUAUCAGAACCAUUCGAAGGACUUACGCCCAACAGAGAUAAACAUGAAUCAUAUUUUAAAAUUCAACCGAAACUUGGAGUGCCACUAGAAGGCCAAAUCAGAGUACAAUUGAAUCUAAAAGUAGAUCAAGCCCCUUAUGUCACAUUAGUUAAAGAUUUUCCAAGUAUAAUUUUCCCAAUCAUGUGGCUAGAAGAGGGUAUAGAGGAUUUGACGCCAUCUAUCAGAAGAUGGGUGUACUUGGCCACGACAUUCGCUGAUGUAGCUUGUCCGUUAAUGACGUAUGGGUUCAUUUUUACCGGAACUUGCAUUAUUUUGGGAGUUUUCGUGAACGCUUACAAAUCUUUAGUGUUUACUAAAGAAACAAUUGAAAUUGGAAUGAAGAAAUUGCAGAGACGAGGCAGCGCAUACCUCUAUAGUUCUUCUAACCGUUUCAUCAACCGACGUGACACCUACACGUUGCUCAAAGUAAACGAAGACGGAGAUGAAGAAGUUAUCGGCAUGUGACGAUGUCGUAGGCCAUCGACAACUGAACUUGUUGUAUAUUUUAUUUCUGUUUAGUAUAUUUUUGACUUGCCCAAUGCCCAAUGUACUCCUCGCCUUCCUUACCUAAGUGCCUGGGAGUAGUUGGUAUUUAUAUUAUAUAGG